AGCUCCCCCAUUGGCGCGCCGUCGCCGGAGAUGGAGGCCACGGCGGAGGCGCUCACGCGGGAGGAGGUGCUGCGCCGGAGGCGGCGCCGCGCCGCUCGGCUCCUUGCCGCAUACCGCCUGCUGUACUGGGCCAUGGCAGAGGAGGUGCGCGCGCGGCACCGACAGUACGUCUGGGAGCUCGGCUGCAGCCCGCUCGAGGCCGAGCAGCCGCUUUCGGAGGCGAAGCCUGGGCCGGCGGCGGCGCCUAGGAGGAAGAAGUGCGGGGUGACGGGGUGCAAGGUGCGGGCGAUGGCCAUGGCCAAGUACUGCCACUACCACAUCCUCUCCGAUCCCAAUCAGGUACUCUACAAGGGCUGCGGCCACAUCAUGAUCAAGAGUGGUGCACAGAUUGGGAAAAGUACUCACAACACGCCCAUCCUGAAAGCAUCAGCUCCCUCCCUCUGCAAUGUUCACUUGCAAAGAUCUCAGAAGAAUAUAUCACAAGCUUACAAGAUAGCUGGCUUUAAUCCACCUCCCACCGGUCAAAUCUCCCCGAAUUUUAGUGUCUUGGUUGCUGAAUGUGUCCGUCAGAUCCAGGCCAGAAGGAGAGAGUCCCGAAGUGCCACAACAGGGAAGAAAUAG